AUGAGCUUACUAGAUAUCUUCAGAGUGAGAAAUAAUGAGAAGGAGUUCCCUAUUCUUGCAAGCAUUACCCGUGAUGUGAUGUCUAUUCCAGCGACUGGUGCCGGAGUUAAGCGUCUUUUCAACUCUGCUCGGGACGUUUGCCACUACCGCCGGGGUUUGUUGAACCCAGAAACUCGGCUGAUUCUCCAGGAGUAUUUUUCAGAGCAAGAGAUCGCAGCCACGUCUGAAGAACUCGACAUCGAGACACAUUGCUCCGAGGCUAUCAGUGAUACUGAGGAAGACAUCGAGUUGCACCUUGAUACACCGGUCGCACCACCACUCUUAGAGGUCGCUGCUGGAAAGCGGCCGGCGGUCACUUUUGAUGAUGAGGGAGUCUCUAACGUCGAUGAAUUUGCGGAUCCAGAAGAGAACUCGGUAUCACCCUUACCUGAUACGCAGCAUCGUGUAUCAGGUAGGAUGCGGAAAAGGUCAAGACUUCUGGAUGGGUAUAUAGUCUACCGCGAGGUGCUUCUUGGUUUUAAGCCCCUUCAUGGAGCUCAUACUGGGAACAAUUUAAGUAGUGUUCUUCUGCAGACCCUAAAUGACCAUAAGAUCCAAGAUCGAGUCUUUGGAGUGACAGCUGAUAACGCGUCAAACAACAAGACACUUAUUGAUUCUCUCCAACAGGCUUUAUCCGAUGAUGUUAAUAUCAUCCGGAUCCCCUGUCUUGCUCAUGUCAUUCAACUUAGCUUGAAUCAGCUGCUUGAUCGUAUCAAAGCAGUCCCAUUGAAUGAUACUACAGAGACGAAAUGGACCGACCGGCAGUCAAUACUCGCGAAGGCAAAUGCACGGCAUCAGACACGGGAAAUCUCCUAUACCUUGAAUAAGGUACGGUACCUCGCAGUCUAUGUUCGUGCAAGCCCUCAGCGACGGGAGGCAUUCAACAAACUACAGAUCGCAACCAACACACAGAAACUUCUACCGAUUCAGGAUGUGAAAACUCGGUGGAAUUCAACAUUUCUUAUGCUUCGUCGUGCGAAACGCUUACGGUCGUUCUUUACACUAUUCUGCGAGGAAUACGAUUGCAAAGAAAUGUUAUUAGACAAGGAAGAAUGGCGUCAGAUUGACUAUCUUCUUUGUCUCACGGAGCCAUUCUUUGAAUACACACAGGCACUCUCAAAGACUCGAGACGUGACCGCACAUCUUGUUUUCAGGAUUUAUAAUGCACUGUUUGAGCAUCUUGAGCAGUCAAUGAAGCAGCUCCGAAGAAAGCGUGUUCUAUGGAAGAAGCAGAUGCUUGAGGCCCUUGAAGCUAGCAGAUCAAAGCUCACUGAGUACUACUCGCAGACAGAUCAUGCUCGAGGGCAUAUCUAUGCUAUUAGUACUAUGCUGGCCCCAGAUAGCAGGUUUCAAUUCUUUCUUUCAGAUGACUGGGAUCAAGAAUGGCGUGUUAAGUAUCGGGAUUCGUUCCGGGAGGCUCUAGUUCCUUACCAGAACUCUAUCACUGAGAUAAAUGGCACCGCAACUUCCCCUGUUGAAGAAAGGCCAAAUUCAAAGCUCAACAAACUGUUGAAUGGGCAAAAGGCACUAGCAAAGGUCCCAAAGCCACCUAGAGAUGAGAUGACUCAAUAUCUUGAUGGAGAUCUUACUGAUGUUGAACCUCUUCAGUUCUGGAGAGAACACCAAGGGCGCUUCCCCGCGAUUGCAUCACUAGCACGGGAUAUUCUAUCUUUCCCAGCAACAGGUGCUGGCGUCGAACGACUCUUUAAUACUGCGCGUGAUAUAUGUCAUUACCGUCGUGGUCGUAUGAAGCCUGAGACUAUUGAGGAGCUUAUGCUUUUCCUUUGCACAUCAAGGUUUGAUCUCGAGGAGCAGCAAGCAAAGGAGCUUGAAAAGUUCUUCUCUUUAGAUGAGCUUGAAACCGCGAAGGAAGAGAUGGAUGAGAAGCCAGAGGAGAUAGAGGUCGAGCUAAUUAGUGAUACAGAGGAGCAGGAUAAUGAGUUCAGUAAUCUCAUAGAUGUAGACGAUGAUGAUGACGCUGAGGUGCGACUACCAGAGAACAGCACCCAGGUCAGGGUUUCAGGGAGAAAGCGAAGAAUCAGGGAGGACGAUAUGUAUGAGCGCUACUGA